AUGAAGUCGUCAAAGAAUUCUUCUUCCUCUUCGUCAUCAUCAUCUUCUUCUUCUUCAAAUAACAAUAACAAUAAUAACAACAACAAUAACAAUCAUACGAACAAUAAUAAUAAUAAUAACAAUUGUUCAACAAAUGUAAAACAACAAGAAGAACAUUGUACGAGUUGUAAAAAGAGCAAUGGAAAUGGCAGCAAUAGUAGUAGUAGUAGUGGUGGCAGUGGUAGUAGUAAUGGUGGAAGCAAUAGUAAUUAUAAUCUAACAUUGGGAGCAUUACUGGAUUGGAGUUUGUUAAGAUCUUUUCAACUACUUCAUCUAUCAUAUGACGACAAUUUCAAGGCAUUGAUGAGUUCUCUCAUUGAAACACACACAAAAUUACAAGCUAUCAAUGACCACAUAUCCGAUCAAAAAGAUGAUAUCAAUCUUUUAUUAAGCGUAUAUUAUGUAAAUAAUAAUAAUAAUAAUAUCAGUAGUGUCAGUAGUAGUAGUAGUAGUAGUAGUAAUCAAAAGGAUAAAGCUACUACUACCAUUUUAACAACUAAAAAUAAUAAUAACAAUAAACAACAAUCAUCUACAUCAACAACAACAACAACAACAACUACGACAACAACAACAACCACCAACAACAAUAACAAUAAUAAUAAUAUAAUUUUAAACAAGAAUAAUCAAGAAAUAUUAUCAAAAAAGUUUGAUACAUUGAAACAAUCAAUCAUAAAGUAUGAAUCAGAGUAUCAAUCAUUAUUUGAAGAAGAGAAUACAUUGAAUGACAGGAUUAGUGUAUUCAUAAAGAACAAAUUUGAAAUGAAAAAGAACGAGAUUAGUAAUCCAUUUAUACUCGAUGAAUUACGUGAUGCCUAUCUAUCGAUAAUGGAUACACAGAAACGUACAUCCUAUAUCAAUGGUAGUCACCAAAAGAACAAUAUUCAUCAACAAAAAUUAGACUCUAUGACCUUUUCCAAUAACUUGGUAGACGAUGGUUCAUUAUUGGCGUCUGCUACUACAUCUGCUACUACAUCUGCUGCUGUUGACUCUACAUUACUCUCUUCAUCACCUGUAAUGGAUCAGAUGAUGCGAAACACUACAAGCAAUCAGUCAGCAGACAAGUAUCUGUUGAAUGACAACUCUACAACCAUUUCACCUCAAUCCCCUUUAUCUUUUUAUUCCUUGUUAAAUAUUCCAUCAAAAUCUUUUAUUUUUACACAAUCUUUUAAUGUAAAUAAUAAACCACCAGAACAGUGUACACAACCAUAUAUUGAUAAAAUAAUUACAUCAAAAGAUCCAAAUGUUCAACAAGUGCUGUUGAAAUGGUCAUGUGUUUCAGAAGUACAAGAAUAUUGUCUCGAAAUGAAAAGAAUUGAUGGUGGUGGUGACAUAGUCUAUGGCGUCAUUUAUAGAGGACAUAAUUGCUUUUAUACCUCUCCUCCACUUGAUUUGAACCAAACUCUCUCUUUUAGGGUUCGUGCUACAAAUAGAUUUGGUGUUGGUGAAUAUAGUGGAGAAUUGGAAUAUAAAAUAACAACACCAACAAUAACAACAUCAUCAACGUCAUCAUCAACAACAGCAGCAACAACAAAUACAAUAUCCACAUCUACAACAUCAAAUACGCAUAAUAAUUUAUCAUUGGAUAAUCAACAACAACAACAAAAUAACAUACAACAACAAAUGGAUACAAUUACUUUAACUUCAAAUCCUCCUCUGGUCACCAAUAUUGAAAAUCAAUCAACUCAAUUGGUUGAACCUCAAUCCAACAACCAUAAUGACCAACAAAAAUUAAAGCAACAACAAAAAGAAAGAGAAAAGUUAAAGAGGGAACAAGAAGCAAGAGAUAGACAAGAACAACAAAAGAAGCAAGAAGAAAAGGAUAGAAUGAAAAAGAGAGACGAUUUGAUGGUAGAAUGUACAAAUUACUUGAACCAACUCUUGUCUACCAUGUCAAUGGCUCAGUAUGAAGAGACAUUGCUAAAGUUGACUGGUUUUAAUGACCGCUUGCAAUCUUGUCGUAAAUUAACAUUUACUGUUAUCAAUGACGCACCACAGGUCGAACAACAAAUGGAUGCUCUUUUGUCCAGAGUGGAAAAGGUCACUGACAAUAUACGAGCAAUCCUCAGUGCCUACAAGGAACAGUGUGACUGGCGACAAAACAUCAAAAAAGUACUCGCCGACUAUUUUGGUGUGCCCAAGACUUCGACCGAUACCAUUCUCCAACGUCACUUGGACAAUGUCAAGGUACUCAUUGACAAAUUGGAUCAAGAUACACCCGACGAUAUCACUACAAUCAUUCAACAAAAUGUUUUGCAAACACUCAAAAAGAAGCUUCAAGUCAAUGACACCUUUGUAAAUAACAGAAUAUCUAUUUUUAUCAACUCUAUCUUUUUACCUUCAACAUCAGAAAAAACACCAUCACCAUUUUCAAAUGAAUUUAUUGUUGAAUUGGAUAAUAUAUCAAAACAAUUAUUAUCUAAAACAUCUAAAAAGAAGAAGCAACCACCACAACCAACAACAUCUCAAUCACCGGUAACAGUCACCACUACCAACAAUAAUAAUGAAAACAAACAACCAACCAUAAACCAAACACCUACCACACCAAAGAAAGAAAUACCAAACAACAACAACAACAACAACAAUCCAACAAACAAAAAGACAACAAAAUUACAAAUCAAAACAACCAAUUUUAAUAUAAUUAGAAUCGAUGAUAAAAUGAAUCAACAACCACAACCAACACCUUUAAAUCCAACAAUCCAAAAAUUAAAUGGAUCCCUUCCCUCAACAACAUCAUCAUUAUCAUCGCCAUCUACUCAAAUUGGUUCACCAAGAACAAAUCCGAUCAUUCAACCUUCCUCACCUAGUAUAAUCAAUAUUCCAAUUCAAAAUUCAAUUCAAAAUCCAAUUUUACAUUCACCAAGAUCAUCAAACCAAUCGACUCUACUCUCACCGAGAAAUGAUUUUACAUCUACCAACAACCCGAUCAUUGCACCACCUCUUCCUCUACCAUUUUCUUUACCAAACCUACCUCCGAUCUCACCACCUCAACCAACCAUGGGAUCAUCGAUUUUAAACCAUCAAAAUUCAUACGCUUUCCAAUUUACCAACCAAUACCCACAUUUAAAACAACAUGACAAUUUCUUGAACAAUUUAUUCCAAACCUUUUCUCCAUUUGGUAAUGGCGUUUCCAACAACAACAACAACCACAACAGCCCCUUUGAACAAGACAUCACUGUUCAAAAGGAAACAAAACCAAAGAUGGCUCCUGAAUUGAUUGUAUCUCCACCCAAAUCAAAACCUCCAACAACAACAGCAGAUCACUAUUCACAACAAACUCAACACGACUCUUCCAACUUUCAACUACAGGUGCAAGAUGAUUCACCCAUCGUCAACCAUCACAGUCCCUUCCAAUGGAGUUGGGUUGGAUUCCCACCUAUUUUGAAUCAUCUUACAAACCCAAUACUCCAACCUUCGCAUUACCAAACCCAAUCAACCAUUACUACAACUACCACAACCACUACAACCAUGUUCCCACUUCACAAUGACCCCAUGCACGUUAUAUUCUCACCUUCAUCGACCUCUAUCACAUCUUCAUCAUCAUCACCACCCAUUCCUUCAUCUCCCAUCUCGUUUGCUUCACCAAACAAUAACAACAACAACAAUUUAACACCUAGGAAACCACAAACCGCCAAUCAUUCGUCAUCUUUAUUUUACAACAGUGACGGUACGUUGCCACCUACACUCAACAACAACAACAAUCACAGUUUCAAUCGUAUUAUCCAACAACCACCACAAUCACCAAAUAUGAACCACCCUGUAAAUUCCUCCACCUUUUCUUCGUUACCCUCCAUACCAAUGUCGUUGGGAAUCGAUCUCAAAUUGAAAGAAAGUUAUUAA